UGAAGCGCCUCUACAGGGGUCUUUUCUGCUCAUGUCACCACAUAAAACUAUCAGAUGCGUAGAGGAAGGACAUGGAGGCAAGCGCGUAGCUCGUCUCGGCUGCACGGACGCGACUGCGAGCCGGCCCCGCCGCGGGAGCAGCAGCCGGGGCAGGCGGCGCGGGGCGGCAGCGCGGGUCCCUCGGCGGGGCCGCGGCGGAGCGGGAGCGGGAGCCGGACGAGCCCGGGCCGCCGGAUGCGGAGCGCCAACUCCCGGCAAGUUUAAGGUGGGCGCCGCCGGGGGGUCCCCGCCGCCGGCCCCCUCCCCGCGGGCCCGGGGCUCGCCCCCCCGGCGGGCGGCCGGCGUCGGAGGGGUCUGGUCGCCCCGCGCUGCCCGCGGCGGCCCCGCUGCCGCCGCCGCUCCCGCUCCGCGAUGCCGCGGCCGGGCAGGAACACGUACAGCGACCAGAAGCCGCCCUACUCCUACAUCUCGCUGACCGCCAUGGCCAUCCAGAGCUCGGCCGAGAAGAUGCUGCCGCUGAGCGAGAUCUACAAGUUCAUCAUGGACCGCUUCCCCUACUACCGGGAGAACACGCAGCGCUGGCAGAACUCGCUGCGCCACAACCUCUCCUUCAACGACUGCUUCAUCAAGAUCCCGCGCCGGCCCGACCAGCCGGGCAAGGGCAGCUUCUGGGCGCUGCACCCCAGCUGCGGGGACAUGUUCGAGAACGGCAGCUUCCUGCGGCGCCGCAAGCGCUUCAAGGUGCUCAAGGCCGACCCGCUGGCGCCCGCCAAGCCGGCCGAGGCGGCGCAGUACCUGCAGCAGCAGGCCAAGCUGCGGCUCAGCGCGCUGGCGGCGGGCGGCACGCACCUGCCGCCCAUGUCCUCCUACAACCUGGGCGUGUCGCAGCCGUCCGGCUUCAAGCACCCCUUCGCCAUCGAGAACAUCAUCGCCCGCGAGUACAAGAUGCCGGGCGGGCUCGCCUUCUCGGCCGUGCAGCCCGUGCCCGCCGCCUACCCGCUGCCCAACCAGCUGGGCGCCGUGGGCAGCUCCAUCGGCGCGGGCUGGCCGCACGUCUACGGCUCCGGCAUGCUCGACCCGGCCGCGCCGCUCUCCAUGGCCGGCGGCGACUACAGCGCCUACGGGGUGCCGCUCAAGCCGCUGUGCCACGGCGGGCAGACGCUGCCGGCCAUCCCGGUGCCCAUCAAGCCCACGCCCGCCGCCGUGCCGGCCCUGCCCGCGCUGCCCGCGCCCAUCCCGCCCCUGCUGCCCGGGUCGCCGCCCGCGCUCAGCCCCACCUCGUCGCACACGGCCACGAGCCAGAGCAGCCCGGCCACCCCCAGCGACACGCUGACCGGCCCCGCCGCCGCCGCGCUGCACUCCGUGGCCGUGCACUGACUGCGGCGGCCGCGCUCGUCCCGCCGGAGCCGGCCCUCGGGGCGGGCAGCGCCGCGGCCGCAGGCGGGACCCGGCGCUCGGGACAUGGUCCCCGCCGCGGGGCCGGGCCGGGCCGGGCCGGGCCGGGCUGCGCUGUGAGUACCGGGGCGGCCGCCGCUGCGCCGCCCCGCGCGGGCAGCUAUUUAUUUGCCGGGCCGAGGACAGCAGCCGCCCGGUCCACGCGCUUGUGAAUAGGAAUGCGAGCCCCCGUGUGCCAUGCACUUUGCUUUGCCCCCGCCCCCGUAGCUGUAGGUCGUCUGCUGGAAACCGAACGGGUCUUCUCGUGUGAACUGCUUAAGUUAAGAACCCCCCGGAGCCGGCGUAGCGGCGCCGGGGCCGUAAAGAAACCCCUUGUUGCCUCCCUCCCCUGUACAGAGCCAGCAUGAGCGUCCCGUGCCCCUGUGCUUGUCCCCAGCAUGCGUGUGUUAAGACGAGGGCGAAGGAGAGCAGAUGUCCACGUUAAAUUAUGAACCGAGGCGUCCAGAUCAUAUUUUCUCAUUAAAAUCUGUAAAUUCCCAUUGACUUUCCGGUUCCUCUUUCCGACCCGC